AUGGAGACACGCAAGCGAGGCAGGCAAGCUGCAGCCCGUGGGUCCAUGGAUUAUUGUAGUGGGAUGUCCGGUCUUAGCGGGCCCAGUGGUGCAUUGGCCACCACUGGAUUGGUCGAUGAACACGAGGACCUCCCCGUCCCGCCUCGUCGCCAUCGGGGACCUCUACGGGGACUCCACUCUGCGCUCCGCCUCGCCGGCUUCGUGCUCGCGUCCAGCGGCCCCGAAUCCCCCUUCGCCUCGACCUCCUGGACCGCGGGGCCCAUCCUCACCGUCCAGCUCGGCGACAUCCUCAACCGCGGCACCGACGAGCUCCACCUCCUCUACCUCCUCCGCCGCCUCGCCCUCUCCGCCGAGGCCCGUGGCGGCGCGCUGCUCCCCAUCCUCGGCAACCACGAGGUCAUGAACGUCUCCAGCGACUUCCGCUUUGCCACGCUGCAAGGCCUCCUCACCGCCGCAUCAGGCCUUCCUCACUGA